GCGCUGGGUCCUGGUGAGGAGCCACUCAGCAAGGCCAAGCAGAGCCGCAGUGAGAAGAAGGCUCGGAAGGCCAUGUCCAAACUGGGGCUGCGGCAGAUCCACGGCGUCACUCGCAUCACCAUCCGCAAGUCUAAGAACAUCCUGUUUGUCAUCUCCAAGCCCGACGUGUUCAAGAGCCCUGCCUCGGACAUCUACAUCGUCUUCGGGGAGGCCAAGAUUGAGGACCUGUCGCAACAAGUGCACAAGGCAGCGGCUGAGAAGUUCAAGGUGCCCCUGGAGCACUCGGCACUCAUCACUGACGCAGCGCCUGCGCUCGCCAUCAAGGAGGAGAGCGAGGAAGAGGAGGAGGUGGAUGAGACAGGACUGGAGGUGAGGGACAUCGAGCUGGUGAUGGCCCAGGCCAAUGUGUCUCGCCCCAAGGCCGUGCGGGCGUUGAGGCACAACAACAAUGACAUUGUCAAUGCCAUUAUGGAACUGACCAUGUAG